AUGGUGGAAGCCGAUGUCAUCAUUGCUGGCGCCGGUGCUGCUGGCAUGAACGCCGCAUCCAUCUUGCGCAAAGCUGGAAAGACGGUGGUGGUGCUGGAAUCCCGCGGCCGUUUGGGUGGCCGAAUCUUCAGUCACCAGCUGGAGUCAGGCACUCACGUGGAGCUGGGUGCACAGUGGCAGGCAGAAGCCGGGCAUGAUCGCUUGGACCAGUUGGUGAAGACUUAUGGAUACAGGAAGCUUGAGCACUUCAAGGCCGGCAAAGAUGUGGUAUGGAAGGAUGGGCCAAAGCCGUCGCUCCAAUCUCCGGGCAACUCUGGGGUUGGAUGCUUCUCUGGCCUCGACUUCAUGAUGAGAUUUUGGCGUCUGAGUCGAAUGACCAAGAGGAUUUCGCUCAGCGGCUUUCAGCAAGGCCUUGAAGAGAUUGACAAUCGGAGUGUGGGUCAUUACCUGGAGAAGAACUGCUGGACCAAUGGCGCCAACACUCUAGCUCAGUCAAUCAUGAAGGGCGGUUUUUGCCGCGACCCAAAAGAUAUUUCAAUCUAUGCUGCUGGACACACCAUGAAAACCUUUGGAUCAUUGGAACAGCAGGAGAAGGCAGAGACGUUCUUCUUUGAUCAAGGGCUUCAAAACAUAUUUGCAAAGAUGGCAGAGGAACUUCAGGAUGGCGUUCAGCUCAACUCGCGUGUCGUGGAAGUAGAUAGUGCUGGAGAUAAGGUGGUGGUCAAAGCCAGCACCGGCGCGGUGUAUACGGCCAAAGAGUUGAUCUUGGCAUUCCCUCCCCAACUUCUUGGGCGAAUCCGUUUCCAGCCACCCCUGCCCAGCAAUUACACUGAAGUGGCUUCCUCCAUGGUGUUUGGCCAGGUGCUGAAACUCAUCGCAGUUUUUCCCACGCCCUGGUGGCGUACUCGUGGUCUGACGGGUUCAGUGUCAUCUCUUGGCAGUCGACCCCAAGCUCAAGGGCAAGAAGGUCAGGGCUUGGUGCUGGACGUGUCCGAAGUGGCGGAUUUGAGCCACUCCACGGGGAACGGCGUGCUGGCAGGCUUUGUUGUGGGCGCCCAAGCUCAAGAAGUGUGCGAGAGGCCCGCGGAGGAGCUGAAAAAGGGCUUUGCUGACUUCCUUCGUGCAUCUUACGGGUCACUCGAGGAAGAGAUACAAUCAUUUCAUUAUCACAACUGGAUUAGCGACGAAGACUCACUGGGUGCGUAUAUGUCUACUCCUGGCCUGGGUCAAUGGAAGAAGAUGCCGGAUGGCUUUUUCCCCAAGACCGGAAGGAUUAGCUUUGCCGGGACAGAGUACGCUCACCACUGGCGCGGCUACAUGGAGGGAGCUUUAGAGUCCGGGGAGCGGGCUGCUCAUGCAGUGCUGUCUGCCUUGACCUCCAAUUCUUAA